CUCCCUCUCUCUGUCUCCAAAACUUCCCUCUCUGUUUUGUGUAAUCUCUCACCCACCAGAAACUCAUAAACAAAUCAUUAAUCUCUUUUUCUCCAAAACCCAUCUCUCAGUCUUGACCCAUUUGAUUCACAGAGCUUUGUUGAUGCUUUAGACCCCAACAGUUUCUCUCCGUCUACAUAAAGACUGCGUCUUUAUUCUUUGAUUUACAGAGCAAAAAAAAAGAGAAUGCAGCUUUCUAGGUUUGGGGUAAGGACAGUGUACGGUAUGGGCCAAGUCGAGCUCUAUGAAAAUGUCGAUCACGAAGACCCUGAGGCGAUUCUCAAUGGUGUUUCAGUCUCUGGACUUAUUGGGGUCUUGCGUCAGCUUGGUGAUCUCGCUGAGUCUGCAGCAGAGAUAUUCCAAGGCAUACAAGAGGAAGUUAUGGCCACAGCUUCAAGAAGCAAUCAGUUGAAGAUGAGGUUGCAGCAUAUAGAAGCUACAGUGCCUCCACUAGAAAAGGCGGUGCUUUCACAGACAACUCAUUUACAUUUUGCAUACACAGGAGGUGUGGAGUGGCAUCCUCGUAUCCUAAAUGAGCAAAAUCAUUUUAUACACGACGACUUGCCUGACUCUUUUAUGGAUCCGUAUGAAGAGUGCAGGGAUCCUCCACGGUUGCACUUACUUGAUAAGUUUGAUAUAAAUGGUCCUGGAUCUUGCUUGAAGCGAUACUCAGAUCCUACUUACUUCAAAAGAUCAUCAAGCAACCUGAUUAAAGGAAACAAUAAGUUCCAAAACAAUAACAAGAGUUGUAUAAUUAAGAAGAAAAAAUCUUCGUUAAGGAGUCGAGAUAUGUCACGUCUGGCUUCAAUGGCUAACCAGAAUGCGAGGAAGACACUUACUUCAUUUAGCUUAAGUAGACAAACCUCUUCUUCUAAAACUGCAUCAACCAGUGACAUGGAUAAAAGAUCUGAUGUGCAAGAUCAUCAUUCUCCUUCUUUUGAUUCCAGAAGUGGUUCAGGAUACAUAGAAUGCCUUUCAACGGAAACCUCUUCACUUAAUACUGGAGAAAAACCGAAAAGGGAGUUUGUUUCAUCCAGCUUGACGCCUGGCUCUUGCACCAUUGCUUCAGUUCUUUCUGAAUGUGAAACCGAAGAUGGAAAAGAUAGUUUCCAGCUUAGUCCAUUGCAAGGAAAAGCUGCUGUUGGCUCUUCUUGCGUUAGUUGGGAUGAGAAAGCAGAGAUAGUGGAACCUCUUAGUGUGCAGACAGAUGAAGCUUCUGAAAUGAUGGAGAAGAACUCUGUUGUGGAUGGAGUAGAUGAGAAAGUAGUCUAUGGAGAAGACACUGGUAGAGUUGAAAAUGUUAAAUCCGAACCAGAACUACAACAAAGUACAGGGAUUGAUGAGGUAAGGGAGAUAAAAUCUGGUUCAGAGAAUGUAAGAGAACCGAGGGAUAGUGAACAUGAGACUGAAAGCGAAGGGGAGUCUUUUGUUGAUGCGCUUAAUAGUAUUGAAUCAGAAUCUGAAAAUGAUCAAAAUCUCAAAACUAGUCAACAAGCAGUGAGCAGUUCCUGUGGUGUUACAGGGGAGAUGUUGGAAAAAUCUGUGUGUGAGCAAGAACUAGAGCAGAGUUCCAACAGUUUAGAAGAGUCUUGUAGAUCGAUGGACAACGGUUCUGUAAAUGCAACUGAUGAAAUGAGUCAUCAAGAUCCACAGGAGAGUACUGAUACAUGCCGUUCACUGCCCAAUGAUCUUUGUACAAGUAACAGCUUAUCUGAUUCAUCGAACCCCUGGUAUCAUAGUGAACAUCAAAAGUCAGAAGCUAAAGUUUCUCGUGAAGUUGAAGCCAUUAAAAUAUGGACUAAUGGGGGUCUACUGGGACUGAACCCAUCAAAACCUUCAGUCUUGGAAGUGCCAAGUUCUUUGAGUUCUGCAGAAGCUGAAAAAGAUAAAUCAGAUGAUCUAGUUGAACAUGCUUCACAUAAACCUGUUCUGGAUACUUCAAGCUUAGCAACUCAAAAUCUAACUGUAGAGCAGAGAGAGUGUCAUGAGACUUCUUACGGUGUCUUUGGUGGACUCAGCCAAAAGCUAUUCACUAAUAGUUUCCGUAGAAGAGAUUCAUUGUCUCAUGAUAGACAAGCUUUACCACCAACCAUUCCAGAGAACAAUGAUGUAACAACAGAGAAGGAAACAUCGAUGGUUCGCUUCAGAGAGGAAGCUCCUAUUGAUUGGUUUGCAUCGUCCCCACCUCUUCAACACAUGAGAAUAUCUCUCAAUCCCGUUGACACCCUUCAGGCUUCAAGGCUGAAGCUGAAAUUUUCAGAUGAGGACAACAACAUUAAUACAUUUCCUUCCUUUCAGUUGCUUCCAGAGGCUGCUACUACUUCCCUUGUUGAUUCUUGUUCAGAUGACGACACUUUUUGUAGAUCCUCUCCUUGCACGUCAGACAUCGAUUAUCUUAGCGAUUAUCACUCCUUGUCAAACUCUGAGCAGUGGGAAGAAGCCAGUGACAGCCAUGAAAGACAGGAGAAAGAGCUAGAUGAUUCUUUCCAUGGAAGUAGGCAUGUUGAUUACAAUGGCGAAGCUUCUUCUCUAGACACUGAAGCAGAAAAUGGUUGUGUGGCCUUAAACUUCUCAUACCUCCAGAAUCCUGUUGAGCCUUUACCACCUCCAUUUCCACCUGUGCAAUGGAUGGUUUCUAAAACAGCCUCAGAAACAAUAUCUGACAACAAAACAACGCAGUCUCUACAAGUACAAGACGCUCUCAGGUUUGCCUUUGAUAAGCAUACUUCAUCCUCUAUAGUCAACAAAGAAGAUCCUAACACUGUGACCUCUGCUCCUAAACCAGAAAUUAAGGUCCACGUCAAGAAUAAUGUCAGGGAGGACAAACAAAAUGCUAAAGAAAAAGAGAGUGAAGCUGGAGACUUCUUGGAACAAAUCAGAACACAACAUGUCAACCUGAGACCUGUGGUUAUGACAACGACUUUACCUGCUGCUGCUGCAACAACUGACCCUGCAAUAAACAUUAAGAUCAGCGCCAUGUUGGAGAAAGCAAACUCUAUACGCCAGGUUCAUCCCAAACCAAAUCUAAUAUUUGCUUCAGAAUCUCAAGUACUCUUUUGUUCUGAUUCCAAACACAUGCUUACUCUGACACUCACUUUCUCUCUCUCUCUCUUUUCCUUUUCAGGCUGUAGCUAGCAACGAUGGAGAUGAAAGUGAUACAUGGAGCGAUACGUAAAGGCCCUUUUCAUCAACGAUUCCUAUUCAUCUUUGUAAUUUACUUUCUGCACGCAUUUUUUUAAUUUAUAUCAUAACUAAUGUGUGGAUUCUGUAGUUGAUACGUAAAUUUUGUCGUAGCGUGAUAUGUAUCUUCAAGAAAAUAAUGUAGUUCAAUACAUAAAUUUAUAUAAAAUAAAAUGCAAGUUAUUAUGCUCA